AUGGAAAAUCCAGAGGUAAACCGACGGAUUGCUCAGGUUGAAACAAUGCCAGAAAUUAAAGAAGAAUGUGCUUCUCCUCCUGCUGAGAAAAUUUACGUUGCCGUUGGAAAAGACUUAGAUCAAAGGCAAAAAGCCUUAAUAUUUCUUCUUCACAUUCGUCCCGCUCUUCGCUACUUUCCAUCGCCUAUAGGGAAAAUUCCAUUGAACCAAGCAAGAAAGGAUGCCUUAGAAGCUUACAGGAAGGAUGAAGAGAAGGAAAUCAACCUUUGCAUGAAUAAAUACUUGGAUAUGUGUACCAUAGCCAAGGUCAAAGCUGGGCAUUUAAUAAUUGAGAGGGAGGAGGAAAAUGAAGAUGCAACAGCAGGGGAAAGCACACUAUGUUCAAAGGCAUGCGGGAGAGUCGUGCGACAUUUCCAUUAUCGGAAAUCAAAGAACAACAGAAGUCCUUUGCCCGAUUGGUUGAGGAAACGAACCGAAGCAUCCAUUUCUAAACCUUCUCCAGAUUAUUAUAGCCAAUCGGUUUCUUCGCCUGCAAACUUCGGAUCGGAUCUGAACAACAGUAAUCAAAAUCCGUCAAAUUUUCAGCAAGAUUAUAUGUCUGCUGUGGCCGAAAAUAUGGACAAUUUGGAAAUAACAGCUGCAAUUAGUGAAUUUUGUUCGGAACUGGAAGCGGCAGACAGGCCACAAAUAGAUGUUGAUCAAGCUUACGAUGUGGAGUAUGAGCCUGCGGAAUCUCGAGAAGCGAAUACAGAGGAAGAAGUACCGAAACUUCAGUUUACAGAAGCAUUGGAAGCGGUGGUGAAUGCGAAUAAGGAACUACAAAAUGAGAUCGUGAGGCGCAGGAAAGCAGAGGCGGCUGCAAUAAUAUCAAUUCACAAGAAGUGCCAAAGCCUUACGAGGCGACGAAACGAAGUCGAAGAAGAAGUUCAAGAAAUGGUGGAGAAACUGACAUCACUUGGAGCAAAAGUGAACGAAUGCUCCCGUGAACGACAGGAAGCCAGGCGGGAGGAAAUAAAAGCAGCAACCUGCGAUUUCUCCAAUGAUUUCAAACUCGGAGAAAAAGACUACGGAAUUAUGUACAGAGGCGAAAUAAGACAAAUAGCAGUUGCAGUCAAAAUCCUCAAGGAGAACGGUUUUCAGUUUCGGCGGGAUUUCGAAAGCGAGAUUGACAUUUUCAAAGAUAUCCGGCAUCCGCAUUUGAUACGGAUUGUGGGAGCCUGUUCCGAGCAAGAUUGUAUAAUAUACGAAUAUAUGUCCAACGGAAGCCUUGCAGAUCAUCUCAGCUGCAAAGAUGCCUCUCCGCCGCUCCCUUUCUACACCAGAUUUCGUAUUGCAGCCGGAGUAUGCUCGGCUUUACAAUAUUUGCACAGUUUCAGGCCAGAUCCAAUCAUCCACGGCGAUCUGAAACCCCAAAAUAUAUUCCUUGACGAGAAUUAUGUAAGCAAAAUAAGCGACUUCGGCCUGUACUCUCGUCUUCUGCCAAGAGAUCUGUACUCAGAAUCGGAGCCGAAAGGCACAUUUUCGUAUAUGGAUCCGGUAUACCUGAAAAACGCUAAGUAUUCUACCAAAUCUGAUGUUUACAGCCUCGGAAUCGUCAUUCUUCAGCUUCUCACCGGAAAACCGGCACCGGGCCUUGUCAAAGAGGUGGAAUAUGCCUUACAAAGUGCAACUUUUGACAAACUUUUGGAUCCUUCAGCCGGGGAUUGGCCAUUUGUACAUGCUAAUCAACUGGCCUAUCUUGCCCUAGAUUGCACGCAUCAGGAAACAAAGAAAAGGCCCGACCUUCAACCUACUGUGAUGAAAAUGCUGAAUCAGCUUUCUAACAUGUUCGCUGCGACAAAUCUUGGCAGUCUCGUUGAAAGUGGGCAAAAUUUGGAGGAAGCGACUGAGGAAAUACAUGUUCCCAGCUAUUUCCUCUGUCCAAUCUUCCAGGAAGCUAUGCAGGAUCCUUACAUUGCUGCAGACGGCUUUAGAUACGAGAAGGAGGCGAUACAAGGAUGGUUUGAUUGUGGACAUGAUACAUCUCCCAUGACAAAUCAAAAACUUGUGAGCAAGAAUAUGAUCGCAAACUUUUCUCUGAGAUCAGCCAUUCGACAGUGGCAAGAAAGAGGCGAUAUCCUGAACAUUUAA